CUUUUGCAGCGAUAACAAAAACAGCCGUCUACGCCUCAUAUUAAUUGCACAGGGUUUUCAUAAAAUAAACUUUACUAUUAAUUUGGAAGAGAACAAUUUUAUUUAUAAUGGGUUGCAACGACGCAGCUUCCGUUCAAAAACUGGAAAACCACUUGGCGUUAUUAAAGGAAGAAUAUACAAAGUUGCAGCGUAGUUAUGCGGAACUAGAGCGAAAGUUUAACGAAAUUGUUGCCUCAUCAGCGGAUGCAGAGCUCUCUGGAGAACUCAGUAGUUUUGUCUCCAGACUAGCAUUGACAGUCGCUUCAUUGUAUGGGCGUCCGACAUAUUCAGAUGUUAGCAUCCGAACAAACACGAAAACAGUUCCAGCACAUAAGUUUGUCCUCCAUGCACGAUCUGAGAAAUGGCGCGACGAUGUGUUGGGCAGUACUCAAGAGCUCGACUGGAGCGAUCUAGAGGAGGAUGUUGUUAUGGCUCUGUUGCGUUGGAUUUACACCGAUUUAAUUGAUUUACAGCACGACCGAUUGGCGUUAGAUCUACUUAAAGCUGCGCAUCGAUUUGGGCUACCUGCCCUUUUAGGCUUGUGUGAGCGAGCACUAGUAGCUUCGGUUGGAGUGAGAUCGUGCGUACGAUUUUAUUGUGUGGCCGAAGAAGUGGCAGCGUCUACGCUCCUAGAAUAUUGUUCCGGCAUUAUAUCCACCCACUGGGAUGACCUAACAGCCCAAGACUUUGAACAUAUGUCUGGCCCAUUACUGUUUAAAAUGCUUAAGAAUAAAACGAAACAUCCACUACACGCUGCAGUGAGACUCCUGAGGGAAGACGUCGUGUUCCUGUGCCUUGUGGAGAAUGAUGACGCACUACCAGAGUUGGUAAACAGUUUGUCUGAACAUGGUCAACUGCCGCUUCAAAUGGCCCUAUCGGCAAAAAAUUUCCAGAUAGCUCAAACCCUUGUGAAAAACGGAAGAGCCAAUAUUAAUGCGUAUGAUGCCAAGGGAUCCACUCUAUUAAUUGAUGCUUUAAAAAAAGGCGAUGUUUUUUCGGCGAAAUUUCUUUUGGACCAAAACUGCCUUUUAGAUCUUCUAUCCAGACCCUCGUCAGAUACUGCGCUUCAUAUCAUAUGCAGUUACGUUGAGAGUCAGACUGAGCACGAGACAUUUGAACAAAUAAAUGAACUAGGGAAAAACAUUUUACAGCGCCAAGCUAACGUUAAUGUUCAAAAUGUUCGGGGCGAAACACCUUUGCACGUUGCGAUCGAAAGCCAAAAUAUCAUAAUGCUAAAUCAACUACUUGAAGUGCCUAAUAUUGAUAUCAACAUGUGCACUUUCGAUGAAAAGUGCGCUCUUGAACUAUGCUUAACGUUAGAGGACGCAGAUUUCAAGUUGGCUCAGAAACUGCUCAAAAUGGGCGCUCGACCUAACCCUAUAAAAUCGGCAACUGGAGACAGUCUGCUUCAGAUGCUCGCUAAUGCUGGACAACGUUUCGAAGGCGCCGCCAUAUUUUUGGCAGACUUUGCUAGUCUUGACCAUAUAAACUUUAGUGGACUCUCUGCUUUACACAUUGCAGCGACAAAGAAUAUGUCCAACCUAGUAACAAAAUUGCUCACAAACGGUGCAUCGUGCAAUUUGCAAUCAAAUGAAAACGGAAUGAAAUCAGCUCUACAUAUGGCAGUCGAAGCUAAUGCCAUUCGUGCAAUAGAAGCGUUUUCUCAAGUGGAAAUCAAUGCAACUGAAGUUCCUGAUUUCAACUGCAAGGAUAUAAAUGGCGAUUCGCCGCUGGGUCUAUGCCUAUCUCUGAAUAGAACUCAUCUGGUCUCCAUUCUUAUAAAAGGAGGCGCGGAUGUUAACGCAAGAAAUAGAGACGACUUUACCCUUUUGCAUCAAGCAAUACUCAACAGCGAUAGCGAUACGGCAUUAUUUUUAAUAGAGAACGGUGCAGAUAUAAACGCGGUGACAGGUAAAAAGGAUUCUACGUUGCAGCUGUCCAUUAAGAAAGACCUCCCAAAAGUCGUGGACGCGCUAUGCGCUCGGGGAGUAGCACUCAAUGCCGCCAAUGGAAAAGGGGAUGCACCAUUGUGGACCGCUUUGGAAUUGGAAUUUGAGGAAGUGGCACAGGUACUUGUGCGUCAUGGCGUUGAUACGGACUGUUGGAGCGAAGGUCCUGAGGGAUGCCAGCAGACGCUCCUACAUCGCGCAAUAGAUGAGAACAAAGAGUCUAUUGCUGUAUUCCUUAUUCGUAGCCAGUGUGACCUGGACUCUGCCCGUCAGCCAGGGCCGAAUGGGGAAGGUGGAGACGAGGUUCGAGAAAAAGCAUCCCCAUUGCAUCUCUGUUGCCAAUGGGGUCUCACCAAAGUACUUCAGACUCUAAUUGAUCAUGGAGCUAAUGUGAACGUACUGGAUUCCGAGAAAAAAACGCCCCUUCACAUAUCCAUUGAAAACCAACACGAAGAGAUAAUAACAAUUCUUCUUUGUCACCCUGGUAUAGAUCUAAAGUUACGUGAUAUGUCUGGAAACACACCUUUCGCAUCUGCCUUGGCCAUACGCAACCAUAAAGCCGCACAGCGGAUAUUAGAACGACUUCCUACUGCGGCGGAGCAAAUGGAUCAGCGUGGUCGCAACUUUUUGCAUUUAGCAAUCAUGAAAGAUGAUUUAGAAAGCGUUCUGUUUUUGCUAGCUAUACAAGUAGACGUCAAUUCACGUGUGCACGAUGCCAACCAAUCUACACCCUUGCAUCUGGCAGCUGCGUCCGAAAACGAAAUGAUCACUCGGAAUUUACUUUUAGCUGGUGCCCGUAUUAAUGAGCGGGAUGCUGUUCAAAAAAUACCGCUGCACAUUGCAAUUGAGCGGGGAAAUAUUUCGGCCGUAUCUGCGCUGAUCCAAAACAGUGCAGACUACGAUGCACCUGAUGCCGAAGGUAACAAUGCCUUGCAUCUGGCUGUGCGUGGUGGUCAACUUUCAAUUGUGCGGGAACUUUUGACAGAGUCUAGGGUAAAUGCUGAGGCAACAAAUUUGAAGGGGCGCAAUCCUAUGCAUGAACUGUGCCGUGUGGUGGAGGACAAUACUGCCGCGGCCAUUUGUGAGCUGUUUUUUGAGUGUAUGCCAAAGUAUCCCAUAAAUACUCCUGACAUGGAUGGUAAUACGCCGUUACUGCUCUCCUUCAUGCGUGGCCAGGCGCCUCUUUGCAAAGUGCUUGUAAAGGCUGGGGCAUGUUUGGGCACUGAAAAUAGGGAAGGAAUUAAUAUUUUUAAUUUCAAACUAGCCACAGAUCAACUUCUCCAUAAGUUGUUGGACCAACUACCGCAGGAGUCACCGUGGGCAGAGUCCGACUUGUGCCAAGAAUGUACCACAAAAUUUUCUAUUACGAUGCGAAAACACCAUUGUCGCCAUUGCGGACGUGUCUUGUGUUCCAAGUGUUCCAGCAACGAUGUGCCUAUUAUUAAAUUCGGAAUAAAUAAGCCAGUCAGGGUGUGCAGCGUUUGUUUUAAUGUACUGCAAUGUGGAAAUGGAGGAUUUUUGUAGUUAUUUAAGUAUACAUUCGUAAACAAGAAAAAUAAUAUUCAAUGUGUAUGUGGCUGCCAUUUGUUAAGAUGUCUAAAUAAAAAGUUGUA